AUUAUUGCAGAAAUUUGGAGUGUGAAUGGUAAUUGAAAUAAUUUAUUUUUUGAUACUCUUAUUGGUGAUUCUGAUUAUUUUUGAUCGAAGCUACCACGCUGUUGUUUCCAGUUGCAGGAAAUUCUUUAACAUGGAUCCUGAGGAUGCAAAAUUUAUGCGAACUGAACGUAAACCAGGUUCUAUCGAUGUCCAUCCCAAUGUUGAUGCAAUCAUUCUAAAUUAUGAUUUGGACAUACAAAUAUUGGCAUCCAAGGAUAGUGUAAUUUAUGAGGAAAAAAAGGGUCUGAAAAAGAUUAUAGAGUUGCCAAUGAUUAAUAGUCGUACUGAUUGCCAUGUUUUGUCAAAAGAAGUUGUCAGUCAAUGUGAUCUCAUCCACCACUCACGACUUGCAGAAGUGGAGCAAAUAAUAUAUUAUUUGAAGAAAAGGAAGCUUCAAACUGGCGUGAAAGGGGGCUCUGCCUUGCUGUUGGAUGCAGGCCAAAAUUCAACAGACAAAAAUGAAGCAAACUACAACAGUUUGUCUGACUACAUUGAUUUGCUGUAUGAGGGUAUGACUGAAAAAAUCAAAGGGGCACAGCUGAUUCAGUUAUUGGCUAGAGACCCCCAAAAUUUAGAAGCACUUGCUAAAAAUGAAAUUCUGAUAAGUGCACUUGGCCGUGUAUUGAGAGAAGAUUGGAAAAGGAGUAUUGCUUUGAGCACUCAUCUAGUUUUCACAUUUUUUUGUUUUUCAAUGUAUUCCUGCUUCCAUGAUGUCAUUUUGAAGUGUAAGGUAGGUUCCAUCUGCAUGGACAUCCUGGACUAUGAACUACGUCGCUACGACAAGUGGAAAGCGGAUUUCGAAGGCUCCGAAGCUCCCUCCGACACCCCCAUAGUCCCGGCGGCCCGCAAACCUUGCCCCAGCAGCGCCAGCAUGUCCGAGAUUCCCCGGAGUCGCAUCCCGGAGCCGGUUCGUCCGAAGUCUGGCAACUUUUCCGACACCAACAUCACUCAGAUAAUGGAGGGGAGCAUCUACGAGGAUCUGACCAACUCUAUGGAGUGCAUUGACGAUAAAAAACUCACAGAUGAGCAGAAGCUGAAAAGAUUUCGCACACUUGUGAAGAAGCAAGAGCACUUGCUGCGGGUUGCUUUCUAUUUGCUGUUGAAUAUCUCCGAGGAUGAAACGGUGGAGGAGAAGAUGUCCAAGAGGAACAUCAUCGGGCUGUUGGGCAAAGCUUUAGAUAGGGAGAACGAGGAUUUGUUGAUUCUGGUCGCGACUUUCCUGAAAAAAUUGUCGAUAAUGCAGUGCAACAAGGAAGCCAUGAUGGGUAGUUCGAAUGUUGUCGAGAAGCUGCCGAGGUUGUUGGAGUCGAAUAGUGCUGAUUUGGUGCAUUUGACGCUGAAGCUGCUUUUCAACUUGUCAUUCGACGGUGCGGUCAGAGCGAAAAUUGUCCAAGUGGGAAUGUUGCCCAAAAUUAGGAGUCUCCUGAGCGAUGAUAAACAUCAAGAAGUUGUUCUCAAAAUCCUGUACCACUUGAGUUAUGAAGAUGAGAUCAAGCACCAAUUCAUGGAUUGCAUCGGAUUGAUCACAGACAUGCUGGUUCUGAAUGUUGGUAGUGAAAGUGACAAAGCCAUGGUGGCAUUAUGCAUUAAUCUCGCCACUGAUCCGUCCAACGCCCAGCAUAUCAUCAAGAAAAAUAGGCUGCAGUCUUUGAUGAUGCGAGCUUUCACUUACCAGGACGCCAUGUUGAUGAAAAUGCUGAGGAAUAUCUCUGAUUAUCCAGCUUCUGCACCGUCAUUUAUUGAAUUUGUUGGAGAUAUUGCAAAAGCGGUAGUAGAAUCAAGAGAUGAAGACUUCAUUAGAGAAUGUAUCGGCAUUCUAAGCAAUAUAUACUUGCCUGAUCUUGAUUGGGCUGAAAUUUUCAAGCAUUUUGACAUGGUGAAAUGGGUGAAAAACAUCAUAUCUAGUAAUAAUGCCGAUGCUGAAUUGAUCUUACAUGUUGUAGUUCUGUUAGGUACGGCAGCCUCGGAUGAAGGUUGUGCAAAAUUAUUUUGCGAAACGAAUAUUUUGGGACUUCUAAUUGAUUUACUGAAAACGCAUCAGGAAGAUGAUGAAAUCGUCCUACAGAUUGUGUACAUAUUUUAUGUUACUUUAGCGCAUGGGUCUAAUAUUGAAUAUAUUGUCGGUAAAACAGAAGCCCCCGCUUACCUCAUCGAUCUCCUCCAAGACAACAACAAGCUGAUACGGAAGCUGAGCAACACGUGCCUCAACAUGAUCGCCGACCACAACAGAACGUGGGCGGAGCGGAUCCGGAUCGAGAAGUUCCGCAACCACAACGCCCAAUGGCUGGCGCUGGUCGAUUCGCAACAGCUGGCUCUCGAAGACGAAGAAGACGGAGAGGAGGACGAGCUGCCGCCCUACUUGAACACCGAGUAUCUCAGUACGGCAGUAGUGCCGCCAUUAUCAGAUCUUGUUACAGACCUACAUGAUGCCCCAGAUGCUGAGAUAAUUUCUGAUAAAGAAUUGAACUUCGAUUAUUUCGAUGGUAACCAUCAAAAUGAACUGGAAGCAACGGAAUUUGAGGAUCUAUGAGAAAAGAUGCGAAUGUGGAGAAUGAAUUGAACUUGUCCUGGCUUGUAGCACAACUAUUUAUACAAUGAUAAUUAUUUAGGAAAGAUCUACCUACUGCAACAUAUUCUAGUCAUUUUUCUGUUAGCUAUAAGUUUUUAUUUGAAUAAAGUAUGUCUACUUUUC